CCCCUUCUUGACUAGCCUUCCGUUCCGCUCCUCUACCGCCGCGUCAAGAUUCCCGAACGCCACGGAGCAGCAUGGCCGCGCCGCCGCCGCCGGCGAACCAGUUCGUCUACAUCGACGCGGCGGCGCUCCACUCCGUCCUCCCCUUCCCGUCCCUGAUCUCCCACCUCGGCGCCGGCCUCCCCGCCUUCGCCGCCGGCAUCCACUGCCCGCACCGCGUCUCCUUCCCGCUCCCCACCGCGCCAUCCGCCUCCCUCCUCCUCAUGCCAUCCUGGAGCGCGCACCCCUCGCUCCCCUACCUCGCGCUCAAGGCCGUCACCUCGUUUCCGGCCAACUCCCCGCGCCUCCCCUCCGUCCACGCCGCCGUCUCCCUCUUCGACUCCGCCUCCGGCGUCCCCCUCGCCUCCCUCGACGGCUCCGCGCUCACCCUCCUCCGCACCGCCGCCGUGUCCGCGCUCGCCGCGUCCCUCCUGGCAUCCCCCACCCGCCCGCCCUCCACCCUCGCGCUCGCCGGCGCCGGCGCCCUCGCGCCCUACCUCGCCGAAGCCCACCUCUCCGCCCUCCCGUCCAUCUCCCGAAUCCUCAUCUGGAACCGCACCAAGGCCAAAUCCGCCGCGCUCGCCGCCAGGCUCCGUGACGCGCACCCGGGGGUCGCCGUCGAGGAGGCGGACAGCAUGGACGAGGCGGUGUCCGCGGCGGACGUCGUGAGCUGCGCGACGGGGUCGCAGGAGCCGAUCGUGCGCGGGGAGCUACUGAAGCCCGGGGCGCACCUGGACCUCGUGGGCUCGUUCACGCCGGCGAUGAGGGAGUGCGACGACGAGGCGCUGCGGCGGGGGAGGGUGUUCAUCGACUUCGAGGCGGCGAUGCAGGAGGCCGGAGAGCUGGUGGGCGCGCUCCAGCGCGGCGUGCUCCGGAGGGAGGACGUGGCCGGGACGCUCGCGGAGCUUGCCGCCGGGAGCGUGGCUGGGCGGCGCUGCGACGACGAGAUCACGGUGUUCAAGUCCGUCGGGACGGCGGUGGUCGAUCUUUUGGCGGCGCAGCUCGCCUACGAGACUUACAUUGCUACAACCACCAAGAAGACAUGAACUCGAUGCAUCAUGGAUGGGUUAGUUUCAGAGACUGCAAGAAGGGUGUUUCGUUUCAGAGAUUCGUCAUAGAAGUACAAAUAAAUUGGUGAGAAUGGUUAUGAUCAUGUCCAUAGCAUGUUUACUCGCCACUGAUUAAAAUAAAAAUUUAGUAUGGCCUUGCAAUUCUCUGUUCUUUGUACCUGAUGAUAAGAUGUUUUCUGCAAGGAGUACUGUAAUUCGAUUGUUCGCUUUUGUAACCUAUGAACUGGGGUAUCAUAUCUGUUUUAUGGAUGAAUUGAUACAAAGCGGCCAAGCCAGAACUCCCAUGGUUCUGAACUUUGCUGGACA